CGCAUCCCUCCAUCCAACCCUGUGCCGCAGCCGCAUCGCCACCGCAGCCCAGGCAGAGCCCAGUCGGCCCAGGCCCCUGUCUCUGCCUGGCCUCAGCUCCCCGCCCCCCCCCUGCCGCCGCGCACCUUACCCCCACAUCCCUCGGAGGUCCAGUCCGGUGCCCCCAGACCCCGGCCUCCAGCACAGAGGCAGGAGGCAGAGAGAAGCAGCGGAGGCGGGAGGACGAAGAAGGGGAGGAGGAGCCCGUCGCAGGAUGAAGGAUCGGACUCAGGAGCUGCGGAGUGCAAAAGACAGUGAUGAUGAAGAGGAGGUGGUCCAUGUGGAUCGGGACCACUUUAUGGAUGAGUUCUUUGAACAGGUGGAAGAGAUCCGAGGCUGCAUCGAGAAACUGUCCGAGGAUGUGGAACAGGUGAAGAAACAGCACAGUGCCAUCCUGGCCGCCCCCAACCCGGAUGAGAAGACUAAACAGGAGCUGGAGGACCUCACGGCAGACAUCAAAAAGACGGCAAACAAGGUCCGGUCCAAGUUGAAAGCGAUCGAGCAGAGCAUUGAGCAGGAAGAAGGGCUGAAUCGUUCCUCCGCAGACUUGCGCAUCCGCAAGACCCAGCACUCCACACUCUCGCGGAAGUUCGUGGAGGUAAUGACCGAGUAUAAUGCAACCCAGUCCAAGUACCGGGACCGCUGCAAGGACCGCAUCCAGCGGCAGCUGGAGAUCACUGGCAGGACUACCACCAAUGAAGAGCUGGAAGACAUGUUGGAAAGCGGGAAGCUGGCCAUCUUCACUGACGAUAUCAAGAUGGACUCACAGAUGACAAAGCAGGCACUAAAUGAGAUUGAGACAAGGCACAACGAGAUCAUCAAACUGGAGACCAGCAUCCGAGAGCUGCACGACAUGUUUGUGGACAUGGCCAUGCUGGUGGAGAGCCAGGGCGAGAUGAUUGACCGCAUCGAAUACAACGUGGAACAUUCCGUGGACUAUGUGGAACGAGCCGUGUCCGACACCAAGAAAGCUGUGAAAUACCAGAGCAAGGCGAGGAGGAAGAAAAUCAUGAUCAUCAUUUGCUGUGUGGUGCUGGGGGUGGUCUUGGCGUCGUCCAUUGGGGGGACACUGGGCUUGUAGGCCCCCCCUACCCUCCUCUUCCCUUGGUCCCUCCCCACACAUCGGGAGCAAUACCCCCCACCACCCUUUCACUCUCCCCUGCUCCAAGCUCACUCCCAAAACAGACCCAGGCAGUUCCAGCUCCUCUCGCCCUCCUGCCGACCCUGGAGUCCCUGGCUCUCACCUUGCCAUGGGCCCCACCUCCACCUUGCCGCACAUAGAUAGCAGCAGGCGUGAUCACACAUGCACACCAACAUGCAUGCCGCGGGCACAUGCUCAAGACGUGUGGACACCCCAGCGUGUGUGUGUACUUGUGUAGAUGUAUGUAGAUCCCUUGACCCCCUUCUUGCUGCCACGUCUGUCCUGUGUGUGGUCCUGACCUUUCCUCUCUACCCGGUUGCUGUGCAGACUGCAGCCAAGUAUAACACAGCAGCCCACCAUGCCCUAAACUGUCUUCAGUGAAUAGACAUAUGUGUAGUACAAAGGUGUGUGUGUGUGUGUGUGUGUGUGUGUGUGUGUGUGCUUGUGCUCGCUCGCGUGCGUGCGUGCGUGCGUGCAUAGAUCUGUGGCCAUAUAAUGUGUGUACAUGGAGUUUUGUAAGUGUGAAAACCCAAUGCAAAAGCAAUUCCUCUACUGACCUUCUCUCCUGUCUGCUACCUUUGGAGUGGGAGGUGUGUGUGUGGAUAAUCCACAUUCUCAAAGGAUCCAGGGAGGCCCAGAGACCAUGGCACACGUCUUAUGGAAUGGAGAACAAACUCACAGAAUCUCCUGGCUCCGUUACUGCCAGGGGGUUGUAUCAUGUCCUGGGGACUCACUGCCCCUGCCUGUGUGUGUGUGUGUGUGUGUGUGUGUGCGCCUUGGAGUUCAGGGGAGGCAAGUGGAAGCCUGUGUGUAAAUGAUAAACAACUUGGCUUAGUUUGUAUGAAUGUGUACUUUCCCUAACAGAUCACGUAAAGGGCUUGCUCACAAGACUCUCUCCCUCUCCCUCCCUCCCUCUCUCCCUCCCUCCCUCUCUCCCCCCCUUCUCUCUGUGUGUAUAGUGUUGAUAGUUUUCUGUUUAGACAGAGCCAUUUGGGCUGUGAAUCAGACACUAGUUUCGGGUGGGUAUAGAUACCUGUUUCUAAGCUACCCGGAAUACCUGUGUGUGCCCACACGUGCAUCCUUAGGGACUUUCUGCCUGUUUCUUCUUCUUCUUCUUCUCCUUCUCCUCCUCCUCCUUCUUCUUCUUCUUCUUCUUUUCUUCUUCUCCUUCUUCUUCUCCUCCUCCUCCUCCUCUUCUCCUCCUCCUCCUUCUCCUCACAUGCACACACUGUCUUUAAGGACAUGCUUCCCAGGUUUGUUUCCUCACACUUAGUUGCCCCCUCCCUCUCCUCAGAACAGCAGCCACACACACUGCUCCGUCAGGAGUGUGCAAAGUGAUACUUCUCCCCUCGCCAGACCGUCUGACAGGGGAACACACCAAGUCUCACCUUUCUGGUUCUCCUGAUAGCAGUACUGAGCCUUGGACAGCUGGCACAUCCCAGUGUGUUCACAAAUGCCGAGGCCGAGGAAGUUCCAGAAAGGUGGCCACACCUAGGUGCUGGGGCCUCACACAUGGACAGCAUGGUGCCCAUCCUGGGCCACACCCAUUUGCACAUAAACUGUCCCCUGGGAGGAGUGUGGCGGGCCUAAGGAGGGUAGAUGUCAAGGGCUGCUCCAGGCAGGCGGGAAACCGUGGCAUUUCCCCUUCCUGCCUCUCAAACUCGCCCCAGAAGCUAUUGUCUGUCCUCACUGCCAUAGCUGAUGCUCUGGACUCUUCCUCAAGAGACUUGGGCAGCUCGGGCAGCUGGAUCUCACACAUACCUGAGUGGCUACUUUGGGCCAUCCUUGAAUCUGUCCCUUGGACACGUAUACUGCUGAAACAUCAGCUGUGGCCACUACCACAGCUGACUGACAGGGAGGGCGAGGCGAAGCGACUGUUCUCUGGUGGUGAGGAAUGGAGGAACCCCUUCCAUUGUGUGGACGUUCUGUGGGUUCUCUGGGAACAGGCAGGCGGUACAUGGGACAAAGAUAGUGCUAGAAGUCCUGUGAACAUUAGGUGGCACACAGAGGUGCGUGUGCCCUGCCCUGGAGCAGGGUAGCCGUGUGAAGUGUAUGUGUACACACGUGCACGCAGGACUGGGAGACCCAGGAAAGGAAGAGACCCUGCAAAUAUGCCUUCCCGGAUGAAAUCUUCUCAACAAGCCCUGACAGCUGAUCUCUCUCUUGCCUGGAUGUUUGAGCUCCGCCCACCUGACGUGUGUGUGUGUGUGUGUGUGUGUGUGUGUGUGUGUGUGUGUGUGUGUCCACAUGUAUGUAACCCCCAGGUUAGCUGUGCUGAGGAGGGAGCCUGCCUCUCCAUUUCCAGAAUACUCUUUGGUAGGACAGGAGUCCGCCCAGAGCCUCCUGCCGCCAUCCUUGGCUUCUUUGGAGACGUCAGAGGAGGCCCCAGCUUCCAUCCCCUUUCCCUUCAGACCAGCCAGGACUCCUUUUAACCCAGGUGUCUCUAGCAGCCUCCCUGACACCCCCGUCGUGGUGUUCACAAGGACAGGACUGUGGCUGGCAUGCUGCUUCUGCCUCUUUGACUGGCACUGGGCCUCAAGCGGAUCAGCAGCCCCUGAGAGUCUGCUGUAACCCAGCUUUCUACAAGACCCACACAUCCCGCGAUGGACGUGCUUACUGACCGCUGUCCAUGUGCGUCCUGGAUGACUGUCUGGGGGCUGGGGUCUCUUGCAUGUUCUCAGAUAAGUGUGUGCCGCCUGCCCUCCACACACCUACAGCCGACACGCCCGAGUGUGCCCCUUGGCGGUCCUAGGCCCACGCCAGGACUCAGUGCUUCCACCGUCCCUUCCUCGCCUCUCACAAAGCACACCGUGUGUCCGUCUCAUGUGCCCGUGGGUCGUCACGCUCCUGUCAUGCCUUGGGCGUGUACACAUGAUGUGUUCUAUGCACUCACCCUGCCCCGCCCACCUCCCGGAGAACGAGAUGGUUGGUCCCCCCGCCCCUCCCCCGCCUCUCCCGAUGCCCCGCUGUGCAGCUGUGUGCGUUGGUGUGUGUUCCUGUGUUGCUGGCGUGUCACGUGAUGUAGCCAUGUUUGCUGACAUGAGCCCUUGCCCCCUCCUCUUUUUCUCCAUUGGUUUCUAGAACUCUCUCCCUCCCCUCCCCUGAGGGGACAGGACUCCUGGGGCCUGGCCACCCUCCCGUCAGCCUUCAGUCUUAUUUCUCUCUAUUGGUGACCAAGUUGCAAAUGGAUAAAAUACAGGAAACUCUGACCCCUGCCCCAGACCUGCAUGUCCUGUCCUCAGAGUCCCGGAACCCCACCCUGGGCCAGGUUGGGCCUGCUGGGACGGGAGAAAUAGUAACUAAUCCGA